UGAUAAAGAACCUUCUUUUUCUUCUUCCGCACCUCUCUCUGUCUCUCCAGCUUCUUCGUCUGCCUGAUUCAGUCUUUGUCCGCCAAGUUCUGUCAACUCUUUCCGGGGAAAUUUUUUUUUAUGGGUUUUUGCAAGUGAAGCGUCCGAGCUUUACUUUACUGUCUAUCUGUUUUUUCUUGAUUUUUUUUUUCCUGAAAUCUGAUUCUUUUUGGGUACGUUUGAAAUGUAGUAAAGCUGGUUUUUCUUCUUCUUCUUUUUUGAUCCAGUGACUGAGGGGUCAAGCUGAUCGCUUGGUUGUUUAUUUUUAUCCAAACGAGCAAUCUUUUUCUCCCCUCUUUUUCUUGCCUUUAUGGGUUUAUUGUUCCGGGGUUUGAGGUUUUGCAUGCCUGCUUUAUCUUUUCUUGAUCAGUCUGUUGGGCCCUUUUGAGUUUUGACCUUCCUUCUAUGUUGAUUUCUUUGGUGGGUCUUCGAUACAACUUGAAUCUUCCACUUUUAUUAGCUCUCCAAUUGUUCACAUGCGGUGUCCUGCUAUUCUCCAAAUUAAUGGAGAACUGAUGCUCAGUUCAAGCCACGGUUACUACAUUGCGUGUGGUGGGUGUUUCAAUUCUAGCAUUAAACCUAAGUGAUUAAUCGAGCUUCUACAUUCCAGUUGGCCUGGUUUUUAGUUUUAGAUGCUUGGAUUUGGUUGGUUGCCAUAAUUGCCCGUGUAUUUGAAGAAGUGAUUGGAGUGGAAAGAGGCAAAAUUGACUGUAUGAAAUCGGUUUGAGACAUGGAUUCAGGAGCUGAAAUUGAUGAAGAGAGUGAUAACAGGGGAAGUAUGUGGGUUUUGGAUCAGAAGCUUGAUCAGCCCAUGGAUGAGGAGGCUGGUAGGCUGAGAAACAUGUACAGAGAGAAGAAAUUUUCUGCUCUGUUGCUUCUUCGGCUUUCAUUCCAGAGUCUUGGAGUUGUUUAUGGAGACUUGGGCACGUCUCCUUUAUAUGUCUUCUAUAAUACAUUCCCGCGGGGGGUUACAGAUCCGGAGGAUGUUAUUGGAGCUCUUUCUCUAAUUAUAUACUCCCUGACGCUUAUCCCACUUCUCAAAUAUGUAUUUGUCGUCUGUAGAGCUAAUGACAAUGGUCAAGGUGGAACAUUUGCUCUUUACUCCUUGCUUUGUCGACAUGCGAACAUAAAAACUAUUCCCAACCAACAUCGAACUGAUGAGGAGCUGACGACUUACAGUCGUUCCACAUUCCAUGAACAGUCAUUUGCGGCAAAGACCAAGAAUUGGUUGGAAAGACGUCCUUCAAGGAAGAAUGCUUUACUUAUUCUCGUCCUUGUCGGGACAUGCAUGGUGAUUGGGGAUGGAAUUCUUACUCCAGCUAUAUCAGUUCUUUCUGCGGCUGGAGGAAUCAAGGUAGCCCAUCCCGAUGUUAGUAGCAGUGAGUAUUUCCCUGAGAAUCUGAACUUUUUGGCAGAUAAGAACCUAUAUUAUUUCUAUUCAAUCACUGAGUUCUUUUCCUCUGGUGCAGAAGUAGUCGUGGUUGUCGCUGUGCUAGUGUUAGUGUGUUUUUUCAGCAUGCAACACUAUGGAACGGAUAGAGUUAGUUGGCUCUUUGCACCCAUUGUGCUACUUUGGUUCCUCUUAAUUGGAGGAAUUGGUAUCUAUAACAUUUGGAAAUAUGAUAAGGGUGUUCUUCGGGCUUUUUCUCCUGUGUACAUAUAUCGAUACCUGAAACGUGGAGGGAAAGAUCGUUUUACCUCACUCGGAGGUCUCAUGCUCUGUAUCACAGGGACUGAGGCUCUUUUCGCUGAUCUUGGCCAUUUUCCAGUUUUGGCCGUACAGAUUGCUUUUACAGUAGUUGUCUUUCCUUCCCUUCUUUUAGCCUAUUCUGGGCAAGCGGCCUAUCUUAUGAUGAACAAGGACCAUGUGGUUGAUGCAUUUUAUCGAUCUAUCCCAGAUAGCAUAUACUGGCCAGUAUUCGUCGUUGCAACUUUAGCUGCUAUAGUUGCCAGCCAGGCCACGAUUUCUGCUACGUUCUCGAUAAUCAAGCAGGCACUUGCACUUGGCUGCUUUCCUAGGGUCAAAGUCAUACAUACAUCAAAGAAUUUUCUCGGACAGAUAUAUAUUCCUGAUAUAAACUGGAUUUUGAUGAUCCUCUGCAUUGCCGUCACUGCUGGCUUCGAAAACCAAAGUCAAAUUGGGAAUGCAUAUGGGACGGCCGUUGUAAUAGUUAUGCUGGCAACCACAGCCCUCAUGGUUUUGAUUAUGAUUUUAGUGUGGCACUGCCAUUGGCUUCUCGUCCUACUUUUCACUGGCCUGUCACUAAUAGUCGAGUGUACAUACUUCUCCUCCGUGCUCUUCAAAGUAAAUCAGGGUGGGUGGGUUCCACUAGUUAUUGCGGCGGCAUUUCUUCUGAUCAUGUAUGUUUGGCACUAUGGCACGGUGAAGCGAUAUGAGUUCGAGGUGCAUAGUCGGGUUUCGAUGGCCUGGAUUCUUGGGCUGGGCCCCAGCUUAGGACUGGUUCGAGUCCCCGGCAUUGGGCUUGUGUACACAGAACUUGCACGUGGGGUGCCUCGCAUCUUUUCCCACUUCAUCACCAACCUUCCAGCCAUGCAUUCUGCUGUAGUUUUUGUCUGUGUUAAAUAUCUUCCAGUGUACAUCGUUCCUGAAGAAGAGAGGUUCCUCGUGAAGCGGAUCGGACCCAAGAAUUUUCACAUGUUCCGCUGUGUUGCAAGGUACGGAUACAAAGACCUUCAUAAGAAAGACGAUGAUUUUGAGAAGAAGCUCUUUGAUAGUCUUUUUCUCUUCGUUCGGCUCGAGUCCAUGAUGGAAGGGUGUUCGGACUCUGAGGAGUAUAGCAUAUAUGGUAUGCAAACUGAGAAAUCAAGAGAUGCCCUUAUGUCUAAGAACAGCAAAGCUACUACUUCCGAUGUGGACCUCACAAUUUCAUCGAUGGACUCCAUCAUGCCAGCAAAAUCUCCCCUGUCAUGUCGGAAUAGCAUGACGAAUUCAUCCAGACAGGCGGGCAACCAAACUGAAACUGAUGAAUUAGAGUUUUUGAAUAGGUGUAGAGAUGCAGGGGUGGUGCACAUAUUGGGCAAUACAGUUGUGAGAGCGAGCAGGGAAUCAAGAUUCUACAAGAAGAUUGCUGUUGAUUAUAUAUAUGCUUUCCUCAGGAAGAUAUGCAGGGAAAAUAGUGCAAUUUUUAAUGUCCCUCAUGAGAGUCUCUUGAAUGUUGGGCAGAUAUUUUAUGUAUAAUAGUUCUUUUGCAAUUUGAUGGGUAAAUUAACACAUGUUUUGGCUAGAACCAGAUAGUGAACUCAACGCCAACAAGCAUUUCCAGCAUAUCCAUGCCUGCUGUUUGGACCAA